AUGGUGACCACGAGAAACACUAACACUGAGGAGACGGACGGGAUUGUACGCGCUCUGGAGAUGAGGAUGGAAGAAAUGCAAAGGAGACACGAGGAAAUGCAAAAGAAACACGAGGAGGAGAUGGCGGCGGUGCGUGCCGAGUGCUUAGCCCACCUCCGCCAGGAGAAGGAAAAGCAGACGGGAGAAGGCAGCAAGGAGGCCCACAGUAGUGCACAAGGUCGGGGCGACCAAGAGAAAGAGAAGCAGAAGAAUACCGAGGAGGAAAAAAGAGAGAAGGAAGAGGAAAGUUUGGUGUUGGUUAAGUCGGAGAUACCAUCUAUACCAGUGCCAUUCGCCCAAGCUGUGAUGGACGUCCGUAUCUCGGAUCAGUUCGUUCCCCCACAAUUCAAAAUGUACGACGGUACCGGUGAUCCCGAUGCACACGUGAAAUCAUUCACUAAUGCCAUGGCUUUCCGGACCGGAUGUGAUGCCAUCUGGUGCCGGGCGUUUUCAUUGUCUCUCGAGGGCGAAGCCUUAGAAUGGUUUAACACCAUACCGAACGGAUCGGUAGAAAACUUCAAGGGAUUAAGCGGCAUGUUCAGCGACCAAUUCGCUGCAUGCCGACCUCAAGACACUACCCUGGUCGAUCUGAUGAAUUUGAAACAAGGAAAGGAGGAGGCGCUGAGAACCUUCAUGGAACGAUUCACCAAGGCAGUACGGCAGGUCAAGGGGCUGAGCGUGGAGAUGGCUCUGCAGUAUGUGAUGCCGGCCCUUAGGCCGGGACCUUUUAAGGAAAGCGUCUGUCGGAACCCACCUAAGACGCUGGAGGAGUUACGCCAGCGGGCGUCAGACGAGGCCAGGGUGGAGGAAAUGAAACAGAACUAUCGGAGGGAGAUGCAGGAAGCAAAGGAUAAGGGCGAGGGCAAACCGGGUCAAUCACAUCGGCACACCGCUCCAAAGGGGCGAGACGGCCCUCGGGUCCCCCGUUUUCCUCAAUACACACCUCUCAAUGCUCCCCGGGCACGGAUACUGCAAGAAGCUCUAAGUACACAGAUAAUGCGUGCCCCGCAAAAACGACUGACCCCUCCAGGAGCCGACAACAACAAACACUGCCUGUAUCACCAGAAUAUGGGCCAUGAUACUGAAGACUGCAUGACGCUCAAAGACCGGAUAGAAGAGCUUAUCCGGGCGGGACAUUUGAAACAAUACGUAAGAAACCAGGACGAAACCGUUUCGGCCGGACGUCCUCCGCCGAGAGAAAGGAGCCCAAGGAACUUUGCAGACAGAGGACGCAGAGACCUCCACCCGCGAUACCCACGCGAACAUGACGAACGGGGACGGAACUCGGGGAGACAAAGAGAAAGAAGCCGAAGUCGCAGCAGGAGCCGAGCGGGAGGCAACGCGGGGCCAUUGCGAGGAAUGAUUAACACGAUCUCCGGCGGAUUCGCAGGUGGGGGAACGUCGUCGUCGGCACGAAAGAGAAGCAUCCGGCACCUACGAUCCAUACACGCCGUGGACGUCCCCAGGCGAACAAUGCCUCCCAUCACAUUUUCUGAUGAAGACUUUCAUGCACCAGACCCCGAACAAGACGAUCCCAUGGUCAUCACUAUUGAAAUUGCUCGGUACGAAGUAAGCAAGGUGUUGGUCGAUCAAGGAAGCUCGGUCAAUAUACUAUACUGGAGAACAUUCCAGCAGAUGGACAUCUCCGAAGACCUCAUCGUCCCAUACGAUGCACAGCUGGUGGGUUUCGCGGGAGAAAGAGUCGACACUAGGGGAUAUCUGGACUUAUGGACGCGCAUCGGCGCCGGGCGAGAAGGAGAUGAAAAAAAGGUGCGAUAUUUACUGGUGGAUGCGAAUACAUCUUACAACGUGCUCAUAGGACGCCCGUGUUUGAACUCCUUUGGAGCCAUCGUCUCCACCCCCCAUCUAACAAUGAAAUAUCCCACAUCACGGGGAACGAUAUGUACCAUUCGCGCCGACCAAAAAGUAGCACGGGAGUGUUACGCAGCCGGUCUUAAAAUGUACCCCCGAGAGACAAGACGGAGGACGGGAGGGGCAAGUGUCGCGAUGGCCGACCUAGACCCCCGCACCAACACCGAAGACCGCCUCGAACCGCAGGGAGAAACCCAGCCAAUGAUAGUCGGAGAGAACCCCGACCAGGUCACCUUCAUAGCCCAAGGGCUGGAGGAAGGGAUGGAGAGGCAACUCCGGGCUACACUCUGGCGUAACCGGGAUCUUUUCGCGUGGACAGCCGCUGACAUGCCGGGGAUCCAUCCUUCCAUCAUGGUACACCGUCUGUCCCUGUUCAGGGAAGCCAGGCCGAUAGCCCAAAAGAAGAGAAAGAUGGGGGAAGAAAAAAGGCGGGCAGUUCAGGAGGAAGUCCGAAAAUUACAGACGGCCGGGUUUAUUCGAGAAAUUACCUACACCACCUGGUUAGCCAACGUGGUCAUGGUGAAAAAGCCGAGUGGUCAAUGGCGAAUGUGUACAGACUACACUGACCUCAACAAAGCUUGUCCCAAAGAUUCUUAUCCACUACCCAGCAUCGACACCCUUGUAGACGGGGCGUCAGGGCAUCGGAUUCUUAGCUUCCUGGAUGCUUAUUCAGGAUAUAACCAGAUACCUAUGCACAGUCCUGACAAGGAAAAGACGGCUUUCAUGGCCGAUGAAGCCAAUUUCUGCUACGAAGUCAUGCCCUUUGGGCUCAAAAACGCUGGCGCCACUUACCAGCGAUUAAUGAACAAAAUUUUUACUGACCAGAUAGGUCGUUGCCUGGACGUAUAUGUCGACGACAUGGUCGUUCGGUCAGCGGAAGGAGCCGGACAUCUGGAAGAUUUGGAGGAAGUCUUCAGGCAGGUGAGACGGUAUGGGAUGCGACUCAAUCCGGCUAAAUGCACGUUUGGAGUAGCCGCAGGCAAAUUCCUGGGCUUCAUGUUAACAUCCCGGGGAAUCGAGGCCAACCCGGAUAAAUGCAAGGCGGUGCUAGAGAUGCAGACCCCCCGAACAGUCAAGGAGGUUCAGAGACUAAUUGGCCGAUCGACCGCACUGUCCCGAUUUGUACCAAAGUUGGCGGAACGAGCGGCUCCUAUCUUGAAAAAGAUGAAGAAGGCAUCAGCCAGCAAUUGGGACGACGAAUGCGAGGCGGCCUUUCAGGCAAUCAAGGGCAUCCUUACCCAGCCCCCCAUCAUGAAUAAACCUACCCCGGGCGAAGACCUCCAGAUUUACCUAGGGCUCUCCGAAACCACAGUCAGUGUCGUCCUGCUACAAGAAAAACCCACGCACAAACUCAUAUAUUUCGUCAGCCGGACGCUUACUGACGUCGAAACCCGGUACCAACAGGUGGAGAAAGUAGCUUUGGCCCUCCUUCACGCUUCUCGAAGACUGGGCCCGUACUUCCAAAGUCACCAGGUGGUCGUACGUACCGACCACCCGGUCUCGAAAAUUUUGAGAAAACCCGAUCUGGCCGGAAGGAUGGUAGGAUGGGCGGUAGAACUGUCUGAAUUUGGCAUCAGAUACGAACCGAGGGGUUCAGUCAAAGGGCAACACCUGGCGGAUUUCGCGGCAGAAAUACCGUUGGUCGGCCAUGACGAAUGGUUAUUGUACGUAGACGGGGCGUCAGGCCGAACGGUUAGUGGUGCAGGUGUCGUCCUUGAAGGGCCCAACGGAUUCCUAAUAGAACAUUCAUUAAUUUUCAAAUUCAAAACGUCGAAUAACCAGGCGGAGUAUGAAGCUUUGUUGGCCGGCUUGCAAUUGGCCAAAGACAUGGGAGCCCGCAGGGUAAUCUGCCGAACUGACUCCCAACUAGUAGUCGGCCAAAUGAACGGCAAUUUCCAGGUGCGAGAGGACCACCUCCUAAGGUACUAUCACCAGGCUUGCUCCUCGGUGAAGGACUUCGACCAUGUGAAAAUUGAACACAUUCCCCGAGAGCUGAACGCCCGGGCCGACAUGCUGUCCAAACUCAGCACGGGGAAGGAGAGGGGACAACUCACGACCGUCAUCCGACAGGUCCUCCUGCAACCCUCGGUUGAAUGUUUGACGACCGCCACGGCCGACACCGCCGACUGGAGGACCGAGAUUCGAAACCUAAUCCGCAAGCAAGAUCAGGGCGAGAGCUUAUGCCCAGCGGACUCCAAAAGGGUUGCCCGGUUCAUGAUUAUCGGUAACGAUUUGUACCGUCGUGGUUUCUCAUCUCCCCUACUCAAAUGUCUGGCGGAGAGCGAAGCACAGUACGUAAUGAGCGAACUACACCUGGGAAUAUGUGGCUUCCAUACGGGCGGGCGAGCGCUCAAAGCCAAAACGCUACGAGCGGGGUACUACUGGCCGACGAUGGAAGCCGAUGCUGCGAAAUUCACUCGCCGGUGCAACCAAUCCCAGGCCCAUGCCAACAACCAUCACACCCCUUCACAGAAGUUACACACCAUCAGUUCCCCUUGGCCGUUCGCUCAAUGGGGGAUGGACAUCGUCGGACCAUUCCCCCCGGCUACGGGACAGCGCAAGUUCUUGCUGGUGGCUGUCGACUACUUCACGAAAUGGGUAGAGGCCGAGCCGCUCGCCACUAUUACAGCCUCUCAAAAGCUAGAAGCCUUCUUCAAAGGACUGGGCAUAAGACAUGCUACAACCUCUGUAGAACACCCACAGACGAACGGGCAAGCGGAGGCAGUUAACAAAACGAUUGUCGCUGAACUCAAGAGAAGAUUAGGAGACAAGAAAGGGGCAUGGGCGGACCUCCUGCCCGAGGUCCUCUGGGCCUAUCGAUGCACCCCGCACGACACAACAGGAGAAACGCCCUUCAACUUGACGUACGGUACCGACGCCAUGUUACCGGUAGAAUUAGGCGAACCAUCCUUGCGACGAAACAUCGAGAAUCUCGAGAUAAAUGACCAAGAGUUACGGGUCGAGCUCGAUACGAUCGACGAACGACGCGAUCGGGCAGUACUCAGAGCGGAAGCAUGUCGUCGCAUGGUGGAACGUAAGUACAACACCAAGGUCCACCCGCGUCAGUUUCACGAAGGAGACCUCGUAUGGAGGAAGGCCGGGGAAGCACGUCGUGUGGCAGCUCAUGGCAAGCUUGCAGCAAAAUGGGAAGGCCCGUUCAAAGUCGUAGAAGCUCUGGGCAACGGCGCAUACCGCCUCACUCGGUUGGACGGCCGGCAGAUCACCAACACUUGGAAUGCGUCACACCUUAAACUUUAUUUCAGCUGA